GGAAGCCUAGAAAAGAGGGAACGAAUGAAGUUAGGCAAGUGAUAUUUAUAUUUAGGAUACAUUUUACAUUUAAUGCAACUCAAGUUCUACCUAAGAAUGCUUAUUGGAGAUUUACCUGUAAACAUAUCCCUAGAGCAGCUGCAAUAUCUUCUGCUCUUACCUGACUAAUGGGUUUAUAGUAGAACCUCCCUAAAGCUGUUGCCCACUGAUGCAAUUUACUACCUGUUUUUAUAUAUAAGCUACUGUUCCAUGACCACGGAAAUCAGUAUUAGUACGAGUCUCUCCAUGAAAACAACGCAAAAUGUUUAACGUGUUUUUAAUAACCAGCCUGCUUUAUGUUGCAAGUGGUACCUCUUAUGUGACCACCAAUAGUCACAUCGAGAUGCCAAUAUACCAAAAGCGUCCUUUAAGCGAGCAAAUGGAGAUGAUUGAUAUCCUGGAUUUGGGUGACCGUCCGAGAAGACAGGCGGAGCCUAACCUCCACAAUUCAGCCUCCAAAUUCCUUCUCGAAGUUUACAAUGAGAUCAGCGAGGACCAAGAGCCAAAAGAGGUCCUGCAUCAGCGCCACAAACGCUCGCUGGACGAUGACAUCCUUAUUUCAAACGAGGAUCGACAGGAGAUUGCCAGCUGCAACAGCAUCCUUACCUUUUCCAGCCGUAUAAAACCCGAGGAACCGGACAACGAGCUUGAUAUGCACAUUACUUUCAAUACCAACGAUGUGCCAGUGGAUUUGAGUUUGGUUCAGGCCAUGCUCAGGAUAUACAAGCAGCCAAGUCUGGUGGACAGAAGGGAGAACUUCACCGUGUCCGUGUAUCGAAAACUGGACAAUCGCCAGGACUUCUCGUAUCGCAUUCUGGGCUCUGUGAAUACAACGACCAGCCAACGUGGCUGGUUGGAAUUCAAUUUGACAGAAACUCUGAGGACUUGGUUACUCAAUAAGGGACUACAACGGCGAAAUGAGCUAAGGAUAUCAAUUGGCGACUCCCAACUGAGUUCAUUUGCAGCUGGAUUGGUGACUCCGCAGACCAGUCGCUCUGGCCUAGAGCCCUUUAUUGUCGGCUAUUUCAACGGCCCCGAGCUUUUGGUCAAAAUACAGAAACUUCGUUUCAAGAGAGAUCUAGAGAAGCGAAGGGCCGGUGGUUCUCCACCACCUCCUCCUCCACCCCCCGUGGAUCUGUACAGACCUCCACAGUCCUGCGAGCGUCUCAACUUCACCGUGGAUUUCAAAGAGCUGCAUAUGCACAACUGGGUUAUAGCGCCCAAAAAGUUUGAGGCUUAUUUCUGCGGCGGCGGUUGCAACUUCCCGCUGGGCACCAAAAUGAAUGCCACCAACCACGCCAUCGUCCAAACGCUGAUGCACCUGAAGCAGCCGCAUUUGCCCAAGCCUUGCUGUGUGCCCACAGUUUUGGGCGCCAUUACUAUUCUAAGGUAUCUGAAUGAGGACAUCAUCGACCUGACCAAAUACCAAAAGGCAGUGGCCAAGGAGUGUGGAUGUCAUUAGAUUUGUUUUUUUAUUUCGUUUGCGAUGUACAUAUUAAUUUUGUAAUAAGUUUAAUUAGGACAAAUAAAUCUUAAAAUUCUUGUAAAGCUAACAUAUUUCAGUGUUUAUAAUUGUAGUGAUGAAACACAUUAAAUCGUGCUUCUUUGCUCUCUUUCCCUAAACCGUGUUGGCAUAUUAGCUGAUUGAAAAUGCUUAGAACUAUUAAAGCCUUAGUGAAUAGCUACCAAUGCUUAAAUAAGUUACUAAAACUGACCAUAAAACUGAAGACACAAGUAGUUCCUAGAAUUCCUAUUUGAAUAUUGUGGCGUAAAAACUUUUUCGCUUAUUUAGCAAAGCCUUUACUUGUUACGCUCUUUUAUGACCUCCUUUCAUAAUGGACACCGAGGUUUAACCGUAACAGACUCGUAAGACCUUAGAUUUAUCAAUAAAUUUGAAAGUCGAAUGGUGUUUGCUUAUCUCACAUCACUUUGAUAGGCAACCCACAUUAUCCUUGCUCCAUAAAAAGGCCCUCAAUUUACCUUGCUUUUAUGCACGGAAUCCAUCCACUCGACUUUGGGAUGUGGAUGCCACGUUUGCCAUGAGAAGCAACACAUGGAAAAUUAACACUUUUUAUAUGAUUUUAAAAGCCAUAUACAUUUUACGACAGUCACCACCCCCCGAAGAUGUUGCAAUACCUCCAAUGAGAAAUUACACACCCGCACGCGUCUAUUAAACAACGAGGCUCGCUUUUCCGGCAUAUUACGCUAAUGUGGAUGACAAACAUACGGCGGAAAUGCCGGAGGAGUAUUUAUGAUGUUCAGUGGAGUGGGGGGAGGGGCCAUAAAAUGCCUUCACAUUGACAUUAUAUUUAUAUGACCAAUAAACAAUAAAGCGGGGCGCGAUGAGUAGACAAAAUGAAUUUUACGCAAACAAAAUCCACUUCCCUUCGGGGUUGUUUGGUGUCCAAAAAAUCCAGUGGCUUUUAAAAUCAACAGUUACGAAUAGGCAUAUUAGCCAUUGGCAUUUUAGAUCUGGCUAAAACCAUUAAUUCGUGGCCCAAAUGCGUAUGUUAUUGCGCUCUUUAAUUAACCAAUAACUAUGAUUUCACACGAUAAUUUCGAGAGUCAUAGUUGACAUCACAUGAUUUGUUUUACUCGGUUUAUAAUUUAUUUUGCAAAUUCAUUUCAUACUUUACAGUAAAUCAUAUUAGCAUUUUUAAUGAAGCAUGAGAGUUUCGUCAACGGCGUGUGAAUUUCUAAGCGUUUAAACUCCAAAGCAGAGUGUUACUGUUUCCGUAUGUAUGUGCGAAAUUAAUCAUAUUGAGUUCGAUAUUCAAUUUUCUCUCGCAUACAAUUAACGAACAACCUCAAUUCAAUAUGCACACGUACCCCCAUAAAGAGCGUGUUUGUGUGUAUUGUGUGGGUGAGCGAGUUUAAAAUCUGCAUGAAAUAUGACAAUUAAUUUGCGAAACAAGAGUUUUUCAUAUGCAAUAUUAUCGUUUAAUUAUUUAUUGCUGAAUUUUGUGCAUAUUCAAGCAGUAUUGAUCGCGCUUAAACGGAAAGCUUAAAUUACAAAAUUGUAUUUUCUUUUAAUAUGAUACUGGGCUUAAUAUUGUGGGGAAUCGCCUGAUCAAUCACCAUCGUUUGUUGCUCUUUAAAAGGACAUCGUUUUUAUGUUCCAACUCAUAGUCAUAUAGGAAUUCAAAAUAUAUUUUU